AUGGCAGAGGCCACUCCCGUGCGCGUGUUCAGCCGCGGCGUGGCCCAGCUCAUCUCGCCCAACGCCAACGUCCCCGCCGCCGAGGCUCCCGCUCGAAACAACUCGCCUGCGGCCGCCUACGCCCGAAAGCAGCUGGUGUCUCGAACCGGAGCUCUGGCGUUCAAGCGAGGCAUGAUCUCGUGGUACGACGAGAACGGCGUGCACAUGCCCGCCACGGUGCUGGAGAUUGAUCUGUGCCAGGUGGUGGGCCACAAGACCGAGGAGAAGCACGGAUACAACGCCGUCCAGGUCGGAAUGGGACACAGAAACAAGGCGCUGCAGAAGAUGAACAAGAGCAAACUCGGCCAGUUUUCGGCCGCCACCGUCAACCCCAAGCAGGCGGUUGCCGAGUUUCGAAUCCGCGGCAAGGACGGCCUUCUUCCCAUCACCACCGAGAUCACUGCCUCGCACUUCAAGGUCGGCCAGUACGUCGAUGUCCAGGCCACCUCCAAGGGUAAGGGAUUCUCCGGAGUCAUGAAGCGACACGGCUUCUCCGGUCUGCCCGCUUCCCAUGGUGUUUCGCUCAAGCAUCGAUCCGGAGGAACUACCGGUCAAAACACCGAUCCUGGACGAGUGUUCCCCGGACGAAAAAUGGCCGGAAACAUGGGUAACGAGACCGUCACCCUCAAGAACCAAAAGGUGCUAUCCGUUGACGAGGACACCGGAAUUGUCAUUGUCAAGGGCAUGGUCCCCGGCUCCAAGGGCAAGAUUGUCAAGCUCAGCGACGCCCGAAACAUGUACGGCGUGGCCGCCCAUGAUGUCAAGUCCAGACUCGGUCCUCUGGUCCCUGAAUAA